AUGCCCGGCGCAAAGCCUCGUUGCCUUCUAAUCGGUGGCCAGUUCACAGGCAACUUCUGCGCAAGGGAGCUGAAGAAGCAGUUCUAUGUCACGGUGGUUGAUGCCAAGGAGUACUUCGAGUACACUCCAGGAGUGCUCCGGGCUUUUGUGAGGCCUGCGCAUUUGGACUCCCUCACCUUCACUUUGCAGCCUGUCUACGAGCGCAAGAUGGGUGUGAAAUUCAUCUGGGGAGAGGUGAAGGAGCUGAAUGGCGACAGGAAGACAGCCACCAUCAAGACCAUGUUCUCCAACAACAUGGAUGAGAUCGGCUUUGACUACUGCAUCAUCUGCUCAGGCUGCAACUUUGGACCAUUCAAGCCCAUGGGCGAGAGCUUGUGGUUCCCGACUGUGCAUGAGGAUGGCCGGGCCGUCAGCGACUGGAAGCACAUUGACGAGCGCUUCCUGGAGGGCCGCCGCCGCCACGUUCUUGAGGAGUACCAGAAGCUCCAGGACCUGAACAAGAAGAAGGCCACGGUUCUCAUCGUUGGCGCCGGCUUCAUCGGUGUUGAGUGGGCCACGGAGAUUGAGCACUUCUUCCCGGACGUCAAGUUGACCAUCAUUGACUUUUUGCCCCGCUGCCUGGGACCAUUGCCAGACAGUGCCGCCGAUUACUGCUCAGAGUACAUGAAUGCUUGCGGCAUCAAGGAGUUCUACAGCUGCGGCUACGAUCCCAAGAACCCGGACUUCUGGAAGAAGGUUGAGCUUCCCAACGGCGCGGACGAGACAUACGUGUGCAUUGGAGUUAAGGCCUCCAACUACUUCAUGCCCAAGUGCACCUUGUCUGACAAGGGCCCUGGUGGAGGUGGCUGGAUCCACUUCAACAAGCACCUGCAGGUUACCAAGAAGCCGUCUGAGGGAGGAGGUGUCUGGGCUGAUGGCAGCAUCUUCGCUGUGGGUGAUUGCAAUUACGGCUGCAUUGGCGAGCCGGGCAAGUGGGAGAUGCCCCCAGUGCCAAAGAUUUCCUACCCCGGUGAGGAGCAGGCCUACCAUGCCUGCCUCAACGUCAUGCGCCUGGCCAAGGCAAACAAGAACCUUGUGACUACCUGGUGGCCUUGGGGUGCCGGUAUGUUCGCCACGAGCUUGGGUCCCCAUGAUGCCUGCUUCGUUGUUGCGGCCAACGAGAACAAAGGCUCGGGCUACAUGGUGAACUGGUGGAUCCCGGCGGCUCUCCAGAAGGAGAUCAUCGAGACCACCAAGAUUGAUGAGUGCCGUGACCGCUGGAUUGGCAUCUUGAUCUGGCACUUUGUGCACCACACCCCGGUCCACCUCUUUGGCCGUGGCCCUUGGUUUGUCUAG